AAAUAAGUGUGUGCGUCAUUUCCGUUGUCAGGUGGUGCUGUCGCUGUGGAAAGAUGCGAUCAGCGAAGCGCGGAGGCUUUUCCUUAAUUGCUCAUUUCGGUAACAGAGGCUAAACAACCCGAAACCAACCCUCUGUGGUCUCUCCUGUUCAAGCGAGAAGCUCCGCACAUCCACCACAGCGAUUACCCAAGAAAUAUCCAUGUUGUAAGCAGACAACGCAGACUUUACCCGGCGGUUUUGGCUCGAGAGCUCCAGUAUGUCCAAGCGGCGCUCGUCGGAAAGGGGGGCUGGAGAGACAUCGGGCAGGGCCAGCAAGCUGCAAUGUCCUGGGAUAUCUGGCAAUAACGCCAAGAGAGCCGGGCCCUUCAUUCUUGGGCCUCGCCUGGGCAACUCACCAGUCCCCAGCAUAGUGCAGUGUCUGGCCAGAAAGGACGGCACUGAUGACUUCUAUCAGCUCAAAAUCCUUACGCUGGAGGAGCGAGUGGACUCUGCAGGGGAGACUCAGGAGGAGAGGCAGGGGAAGAUGCUGCUGCACACAGAGUACUCCCUCCUUUCUCUGCUGCACAACCAGGAUGGGGUGGUCCACCACCACGGCCUCUUCCAGGAUCGAGCCUAUGAAAUAGUGGAGGACAUGGAGGCCAACAAAGUGCGCAAGAUGAAGAAGCGGAUCUGCCUCGUGCUUGACUGCCUGUGUGCUCAUGACUUCAGCGACAAGACGGCAGAUCUAAUAAACCUCCAGCAUUACGUUAUAAAGGAGAAACGACUGAGCGAGCGCGAGGCCAUUGUCAUCUUCUACGAUGUGGUGCGUGUGGUGGAAGCCCUUCAUAAGAAAAACAUUGUGCACAGAGACCUCAAGCUGGGAAACAUGGUGCUGAACAAACGGACUCACCGAAUCACCAUCACCAACUUCUGCCUGGGAAAGCACCUGGUGAGCGAGGACGAUCUGCUGAAAGACCAGAGAGGAAGUCCAGCCUACAUCAGCCCUGAUGUAUUAAGUGGUCGGCCGUACCGCGGUAAACCCAGUGACAUGUGGGCUCUUGGCGUGGUCCUGUUCACCAUGCUGUAUGGCCAGUUCCCCUUUUAUGACAGCAUACCUCAGGAGCUCUUCCGCAAGAUCAAGGCUGCAGAGUAUUCCAUCCCAGAGGACGGUCGUGUGUCUGAGAACACUGUGUGCCUGAUCCGAAAGCUGCUGGUGUUGGACCCUCAGCAGAGGCUUACUGCAGGAGAGGUGCUGGAGUCUCUCAGUGGCAUCAUUGCCUCGUGGCAGUCUGUUUCAUCGUUGAGUGGCCCUCUGCAGGUGGUGCCAGAUAUUGACGAUCAGGUCAAUCACUCAGAACAUCUGCAAGAGGCCAAGGUGAUAGAAGAGUCUUCACAGUACGAGUUUGAGAACUACAUGCGCCAGCAGCUGCUGUUGGCUGAAGAGAAGAACACUAUCCAUGAGACCAAGAGCUUUCUCACCAAGCGCCAGUUUGGCAGCAUCCCACCUGUAAGGCGUCUGGGCCAUGACGCCCAGCCUGUCAGCCCGUUAGAUGCUGCCAUCCUGGCACAACGUUUCCUCCGGAAGUAGUCCACAACUACCCAUGGCAGCCUCCCUGACCUCCCCAGGGAGUACAGAGACCUGUGGAGUUCAGAGAGGACUGAGGAGGAUAAGCCCCGAAACUGAACUGGCAUACAGCAGGCCCAGCCUGCGUAGGUGGGCUUUGGGCAAGCUAGGUGGAGCAGGUGUGAGGAGGGCACCAGAACAAACUGCCAAUUUAAAAAUGUCACUCCUCGUGGCUGGAUACUCCAGUGAAACAUGGAAAGCCCCGAAUGGAAGAUAUGAACCAAAGGUUCCUUGCCCUCAGGUCACCCACAGUCAGAUCUCACUGUGCAACCAACCUGAUGGCACAUUCACACAUGGGGCUCACACAGGGCUCGGUCAGGAGUGUUGAAGAGACGAUUAACCCCAUAUUCCUCCUCGUCCUUUUGAGAUCUCCCUACCGUAACACUUCCCCCAUCAACUCUGGACCCCCUGAGCAAUACAGGACCAGAAUCAUGUAGCAACCCCCUCUAUUCCAAGUGGUAAAUGGUAUUUCCUCGAGUCGGAACCCCUGAUCACAGAUGCCACUUCUCUAUACCUCCAUUCCACCCUCCUCUCACUCCUUCCUUUUCCUCUCUACUGUUCUCCUGCACCGAAAAAUGAUCCAGACUGGUCCCGUCUGUAACUCUGACUUCAAAUCAAUCUACCUCUCUGUCUCUCUUCUCUGUUGGUAAACCAUUCUCACUGUUCUGAGACAAGGGAUUGUAACGAUGGAGUCUUGAUGCCACCAGUGACAUAAAGCAUUAAUGUUUUCUGUCAGUGAUAAUGCUUUUUUGAAACCUCAGUGGUUUCAAAAAAAAAACUGAAUAAGCUUUUUAUCAUAUUUACCUUAAUAAGUAGCAUUUCAUCCCUACCCUUUUGAAGAUACUAAAUAUCAAAGUAUGAGUACAUGCAUCCUUUUGAUAUUUGCAGAUUGCAUUGUCUCCUGCUUUUGCUCAGCCCUGUGGAAAUCUAUUUUUAGCAUCUAGGCAGCUAGUGUGAGGUACCUGGAAGUCACAAUGCCAAGAACUAAAUGGGAAACACUGUUGGAUACUCCCUGUCAAGGCAUAUUGAUGGUAACGCUUCCUCAGUGCCAUUAUAGUGGAGAUCAGGCACUGUCAUGUUUCUAUUGCCAAAAAUCACAUCUUAUGCUUACUUAUAGCCAAGGAAACUGGUGCACACAGCCUCACUCAGAAUCAAAUGGCUUCCAGGUAUUCCGACUUCCCUGUUUCUCUUUAUCGAGACAGAUCAUGGGACAAGUCUUUUUCAGUAUGAAUGUGAACGGUCAUUCUACACUUUGAUAAGUCCGCAGUAUCCAAGAGUGUAUGCGUGUGUGUUUCGGGCCAGGCAAAAUCAGAGUCUGUGGAGCUGUCGAGCUGUUAACCUCUGACAGCCGCAGACCCUUUAAGCUAUCCUCCAAUCAUUGUGUUCUGUUAUCUGGCCUGCCUCAGUGGCAGACACUGUGAAAACCAGAGCAGGCUUUGCUGAGACGGGGCUUGACUGAAUGUUUUAGCGAUUUGUCAUGAUUCUCAUGAAUGCUUAUUACUAUUGCCAUUCUCAAGCCCUCUCUCCAGCUCAACUUGUGCAGGCUUGUAUUAUCUCACCAUGUAGCUCUCUGUACAGAGAGACUAGCUGGUGGCCGGUAAUCGAUGCUGUAAUAUUUCAUAGAGAAAUGAGAACAGACUCAUAGAUUUUAAGUUUAGUUGCUGGGUCUUCUUGGCUAUUGAUUCAUUCUUGUCUUUUAUCAAAGUUUUUUUUUUUUUUUUUUUUUUUUUAAACCAUGGCAAAGCUACUAACCAGUGACGGUUAGGCAUCUGUACACUGCAACUUGCCUUUGCAUAUUGGUACCUGCUUUAUGCUAUCUAGACUUCUUCCUAUUUAUAUCAAACUGAUUGCAUGAACAGGCUCUGGAAUAUUUUCAAAUGUCUUUACUUUCUUUUUUCCUUGUAAUUUCAUGUUGAUUUAUUUAUUCACUUGAGUAGACCCACCCCCCAUUCCCCAAACUACUGGGGCUUGUAUCACAGACUAGGCACAACUUAUGCCAGUGAAACAGGCCCUAAAACUCUUUGCUCGCUCAGCUUUAAGAAAUGGUGUUAACUCCAACAGUGGUUCUCAUUUAGAUCCUUUUCAGCCACAUUUACGAAAGAGUAGCAUCUGUUUUUGUGUUUAACUUUUUGGAUUCCUAAAUCAUUUUCUUGCCAUUUUACCACAAAGUCUGUGGUCAACUUAAGCUACACUAAUAACGAGACUGACGUUGCAUAGUUAUAUUUUUACAGAAAACAAAAAUGAUACUCGCACAUUAUCUUGAUUUACGGGACAGUUUUUUGUAGUGUUGUUUUUUUUUUGUUUGUUUUUUCUGUCAUUUACCCCACACAAGGCUGCACUCUCUGGUCAGUAUGUAAAUAUGUACCAUCAUGACUGUGGCAGUCAUCAUGUAUUUAGUUCCACCCAGUGAGAUACCAACACUCAAACACAUGUCGGUUGACGUGCAUUAUAGGCCACGUUGGCCAUCAACCACCACAUCCAGAGGUUAAAAUUAUAUGUAAAGAGAGCAGUUGGCGUUCUCCCACCUCAAUGUGAAUUACAUGGGUAUACAGCAGUAUUGUAGUAGUCUAGGUUGUUCAUCAGAAAAGGGUGUUUCAUGAACACCAUAGCCAUUGAUGAAUGCUGACAUUAAGUGAUCGGUCUGUGGAAAGUGUCUUACGCCAUCUUCCAUAAUGCCCAGUUACAUAUUAGUAACUACAGGUUCAAUAGAGCCUUGAUGUAGAUGUUAUUUUGUCCCCCCACCCCCCCCUGAUCAAAACGUGUUUCACUUCCUAGCUAGUGGAUUGUACCACAUUCAAUGUUUGUUUAACAGAGUUGUAUUGGUAGACUGCAAUGUGGACUGAAAAGCAUGGACAUAAUAGCGUGAGGUGUAACUCUGUGUAAAACAUGUGACUGUUGCAUGAUUUUAAACUUGCAAGGUGUGCUAGAGCAACUGAUCGAGAAUUUGAAGAUAAUUUACUCAUUUGGGUCCUACGGGAAACUACAAAGCAUAUACCCCUUAAUUGGAUGAGUAGUACAAUCGUAUUCAUUUUCAAAAUUUUAGUUUUUAAUGAUGAUUUUCACCCUGCUUCUAAAGUCCUUAGUCUUCAGUAUAUAACCAAUAUAUUGCUGACUGUUUCAACUGGAAACUUGGUGUAGGAUAUGACGUGGUGUAGUUAACUUUAAACCCAAUGGGAUAAUGUGUUGUAAGCUGCUUGGUCAGACAUGGGCAUCUAGAUACAGAAAACUGCUUAAUUGUACAGAUGAAAAACACGUUUGUAUAAAUAACAUAUUUUUCUACUUCAUCAGAUCUCUACAUGCAUGUCAGCAAUAAACUUUGAUAUGGAAACGUGUAUCUAUUUUCCCCAUCCAUGAAUUCUGACACUUCCUGUUACUGCCAGGAGGUGGAGCACUUUCUUAAAAAAUAAAACCAAACCCAGCAGAGGGCACUUGUAGGGCAUC